AAAGUAUGGAUGUUUAAUAUUUGAUGCAACUUGUAACAAUAGAAUCUUACUAUUUGAAGAAUUGUAGAGUUUUAGUUUUACAUCAACCCUUUACUUAGUGCAGGAGAUCCCUACUUCACAAAUUCUGACUAUUGGUCAUUAAGCCUCUGCUUAAAUAUCUCUAAUGAUAGAGAAGUCAUAAUCUUCUGUGAGGCAGUCAGUUCAUUGUAGGGAGGAGCUGUAGUAAGGAAAUGCUUUUUAUGAAACAAAAUUUACCACAUCCUGACCUCAUGAUUUGAUUUAGUAUUGGAGUGAGACAAAUAGACACUAGGUCUAUAAAAUGAGGUAGUUGUCUCCACGGCUAGGAUACCUUUCCAGUCAAACUUUGUUGAAUUCGUUCUUUGAUUUUCUGACCCAUAUUUACAUAGCAGAUGGAUGUUCAAGUAACAUUGAUUAUUUAUUAUUUGGACAUUUGUGGAAUUUUGUGCCCAGUUCUCUCUCUGUCUCCCCUAUCACCAUGGCUACAGUUAACAGUAAAUGCUGUUGACUUUUAAAAAUCUGUUGUUAAACAGAUUCCCCAAAUUUGCUAAGCAAAUCUUUAUCCUGUAUUUAUGCAGUUUAUUUUAUUUGAGCCUAAACGAAGGCCUUUAUAUUAAUUGUCCCUGUUAAAUCUCAUCUUGCCAUUGAGGCAGCCUGUUCUUAGUGUGUUUUUCUUGGAUAUCAGUUAACUUUAUAUCAACUAAUUCCAUGGAGCUCAGGAGACUAGAAAAUGGAAGUAUUGUAAAAAACAAAAAAAAAAAAACCAAGUGAUUGAGAAUUUAGGCGUGCCCCUAGUCCUCCAGGUUGGAGUUGUAUGUUGAAUUAGAAAUGUUUCUUAAGUCCUUGGACUUUCUGGAAACAUUUCUGGGUAAAUCAUAUUUUUGUUUUAAAGCCCUAAAUUUGAGAGUGGAAUGUUAUCCGGACUAGACUAGAGAAUUCACUUUCAUGCUGUAUGGUGCUUGGUGUUUUGACAAGCUCACUUUGACAUUACAGCUGCCAGGUAACCCUAAGGGGUGGAGUUGAGAAGAACCACUGAGUACUUGGAAGAAUAAAACCCUGUUGGUGGUCAGGGUUUUAGCCUUGUUUACAGAGAUUGGCAGCAUAUUUACAAAAGAAGAGAACCUAGUAUGCUUUCCCCAGAGCUGGAGCAGGGAGAAGAGAAGAGAAGACCAGACUCCUUGAGAGAGGGUGUGGCACUGGGCCUAGAGGGAAGACCGGAGGCAGAACUGGAGUGGGACUCGGACAAGAUUGUAGCAGGGUUGCCAGCAGUACCUAAAAGGGUUUGUAUGUAUUCUAACUUUUGCCUUCAUCCUUGCCAACAGUGGUAUGAUCUUCAGGUUUUAACAGUAGCUAAGCAGACUGAAUAAAAGGCAUCGUUCAUGUCCUUUACCUGUCUUUUGGUGCAUAUUUGUAAUAUUUGGGAAUACUCUCACUAGGUAGCAACACAUAAUUUUGCUAUAAUGGGAAGGGUAAGGGAAAGUAAGGGUCAUCACCCGCAAAGUCAGAGUGGUGAAAAGAUUGGAAUUCAGUCUCUGAGAGGGAAAUCUUCAUCCUCCUGUUGCUUUUUUACUGCUGAGCUGUCUCAGCAAUGAAGGAACCUGAGUCCUUCUGGGGCCCUUUGAUUACAUCUCCCACUAUUAGAGGAAUAGUGUUGUAUUUUGCUUUUGAAUGCAUUGACUUUGCAGUAAAAGGCAAGCCAAGCAGAGUGUUUCUUGGAAGGCAGUUAAAAUAUGAGUUUGGAGCACAAGGCCAAGAAGUGUAGAGAUGUAGAUCUGAGAGGUAGCAGAGGGCUGACUGUGGACAUGGAAGAGUGGUGUCAUGUAAACCAAUAAAGAACAAUGUGUCAGUGUGUCUCAUAUCCUGAAGAAUUUUAGAAAAGAACAUUGAAUUUCACCAGAAAGGCAUCACUAGUGAAUUUCAACAGAUGUUUCAGUCAAGUACUUGAUAGAGGGAAAGAAGGAUCGUGAGACCAAACAACAAGGGUUGAAAAAGGAGGGAGUAUUGAAGUAUAUGCAUAAAGUGGGGAGUAAGUUAUUGGCCUGAGAAGACAAGGUUUCUGGUGCCAGUUUUUAUUUAAUCAGCAAAGGUCAUAGACCUGUCUGUUCUGUGUACUUUUCGCAGGCUGUCUGCUUUUCCACUUGUUUAGCAGGGUACCUGGGUUUGUGAAUCAGCCCUGGGUGGCCCUAGCUGACUAUCUAGCAGUGAAGGGAGGUAGAAGGAAUAGGGUUUUGAUGUGUGACCUCCAGACACACUCAAAUGAAGCAAUGAUGGAAAUUUCUUUUAUAGUUGGGACCAAGUGCUAGAAUCUCAACUUGGGAUUUAUCACCAUCAGUGAAGUUGGUAACCCCAGGAGUCCCGCUGUCUCUCUUUACUGUUGUCACUUUCUUUGACAGCUAGAUGUUUGGUUUCUGACAGUCCUUCACAUCACACCAACAUCUUCUAAUUUUGAAAAUUCUGUGAUUUAUUUUGCAGUCUUUGGAAAUUUCUAUUGCUAGUAAUUGUAUUUCCUGGCAUGGGAUUGACAAUUUUCUGUGAACGCAGUGGCUUUUCAUUGCAGUGCUGAAUCGUAGUGAAAUCUGCCUGAAGACCUUAAUGGGGAAUAAGGUUAAGCUAAAUUUUAUUUGCAGGAGAGAUACCAAUGCAAAUAAUUAAAGUGAUAAUUAAAUCAGUAAUUCCUUCUAUACAUAGCCAAGUUUGUACAUGGUUCGGUUGCAGGAGCAAUAUCGUGUCUUACCUUUCUGUCCAGAGGCUGAAGUUUUCUUUUCACCUUGAUUGUAAUGCAGAUGCAGAUUUCAGAAGUGAGAGUGUGGGAAAAUGUGCAUCAUAGAAUGGAGGAAGCUGUAGCUGCUGGUAGAUAUUGGGGCCUGGAAGCAAAAGGUGACCAAGCAUUACAGUGUUUCUGCCACCUUUGUACAAAAGACAAUUUUACUUGUGUGACAGAUGGGCUCUGCUUUGUCUCUGUCACAGAGACCACAGACAAAGUUAUACACAACAGCAUGUGUAUAGCUGAAAUUGACCUAAUUCCCCGAGACAGGCCGUUUGUGUGUGCACCGUCUUCAAAAACCGGCUCUGUCACUACAACGUAUUGCUGCAAUCAGGACCACUGCAAUAAAAUAGAACUCCCGACUGUUGGAAAGCCAUCAUCUGGCCUUGGUCCCGUCGAAUUGGCAGCUGUCAUUGCUGGACCAGUCUGCUUCGUCUGCAUCUCACUCAUGUUAAUGGUUUAUAUCUGCCAUAAUCGUACUGUCAUUCACCAUCGAGUGCCAAACGAAGAGGAUCCUUCCUUAGAUCGUCCUUUUAUUUCAGAGGGCACUACGUUGAAAGAUUUAAUUUAUGAUAUGACAACAUCGGGUUCUGGAUCAGGUUUACCAUUGCUCGUUCAGAGAACAAUUGCAAGAACUAUUGUGUUACAAGAAAGUAUUGGCAAAGGUCGAUUUGGAGAAGUUUGGCGGGGAAAAUGGCGAGGAGAAGAAGUUGCUGUCAAAAUAUUCUCCUCUAGAGAAGAACGCUCAUGGUUCCGUGAGGCCGAGAUUUAUCAGACCGUAAUGUUACGCCAUGAAAACAUCUUGGGAUUUAUAGCGGCAGACAAUAAAGACAACGGUACAUGGACUCAGCUCUGGUUGGUGUCAGAUUAUCAUGAGCAUGGAUCCCUUUUUGAUUAUUUGAACAGAUACACAGUGACCGUGGAAGGAAUGAUAAAACUCGCUUUGUCCACAGCAAGUGGACUUGCCCAUCUUCACAUGGAGAUUGUUGGUACCCAAGGGAAACCAGCCAUUGCUCAUAGAGAUUUGAAGUCCAAGAAUAUCUUAGUAAAGAAGAAUGGAACUUGCUGCAUUGCAGACUUAGGACUGGCAGUAAGACACGAUUCAGCCACAGAUACGAUUGAUAUUGCUCCAAACCACAGAGUGGGAACAAAAAGGUACAUGGCCCCCGAAGUUCUAGAUGAUUCCAUAAACAUGAAACACUUUGAAUCCUUCAAACGUGCUGACAUCUAUGCAAUGGGCUUAGUAUUCUGGGAAAUAGCUCGACGAUGUUCCAUUGGUGGAAUUCAUGAAGAUUACCAGCUGCCUUAUUAUGAUCUUGUACCUUCUGAUCCAUCAGUUGAAGAAAUGAGGAAAGUUGUUUGUGAACAGAAGUUAAGGCCAAAUAUUCCAAACAGAUGGCAGAGUUGUGAAGCCUUGAGAGUAAUGGCUAAAAUUAUGAGAGAAUGUUGGUAUGCCAACGGAGCUGCUAGACUUACAGCUUUGAGGAUUAAGAAAACAUUGUCACAACUCAGUCAACAGGAAGGCAUCAAAAUGUAGUUCUGCGGCUUCGCCUGAACUCUGCUUUUCUUCAGAUCUGCUCCUGGGUUUUAAUUUGGGAGGUCAGCUGUUCUACCUCACUGAGAGGGAAUAGAAGGAUAUUGCUUCCUUUUGCAACAGUGUAAUAAGGUCAAUGAGAAACUCCCCAGGAUUUCUUUGGACCCAGGAAACAGCCAUGUGGGUCCUUUCUCUGCACUAUGAACACUUCUUUCCCAGGACAGUUACAAAGUGUUGUGUAGUCUACCUUUAUUUUUUAUUAACACAAAACUUGGUUGUUGUUUUGUUUUUUUAAAGAUGAUUGCUGAUCUUAACUUUAGGUUAACUCUGCUGUGCUGAAGAUCAUCUUUAAGGGUAAAGGAGCUGGAUUGUUGAGUUACACGAAACAUUUCUUAUUUUUCAAGAAAGUGAUUUUAUUCCUGGUUAGUACAUUCUCAGAGGAUUCUGAACCACUAAAGAGUUUCUUGAUUCAGACUUUGAAUGUACUGGUCUAUAAUUUUCAGGAUCUUAAAACUAACACUUAUAAAACUCUUAUCUUGAGUCUAAAAAUGACCUCAUAUAGUAGUGAGGAACAUAAUUUAUGCAAUUGUAUUUUGUAUACUAUUACUGUUCUUUCACAUAUUCAGAACAUUACAUGCCUUCAAAAUGGGAUUGUACUAUACCAGUAAGUGCCGCUUCUGUGUCUUUCUAAUGGAGAUGAAUAGAAUUGCUUAAAGUCUGUGUGUCUUAAAACCUGUAGUAUUUCAAUUCAAGAAGUUUAUUUAUCUGGGUAGCCCAGACUUUCUCUGUCUAGUUUUUUGGAGGAAUUUUUGUAGUAUGUCAUUUGGUAGUCCAUUUUGAAAAUGCCUUUCUCCUACCAAAAUGUGCUUAAACCACUAAAGAAAUGAAGUGGCAUUAAUUGGUAAAUGUUAUCAUGGUCAUAUUUGAAUAUUCUCACUUCAAGCUUUUGCAUUUAAAUUGUGUUGUCUAAGUAUACCUUAAGUCAAGUGGCACUCUAGAUGCUUAUAGUACUUUAAUAAUUUAAAACUUGUAGCCUACAGACUAAUUUUUCUAAAAGGGAAAAUUUGUCUAGCUGCUUGUGAAAAGUUGUGUGGCAUUCUGUAAGCCAUUUUUUUCUUUAUCUGAUCAAAGACAGUGUUAUUUUUUUAAGAAAUGAAUUACAUUUAAAAUUAGGAUAUGGUUGAUGUUAAAUAAUAGGUUUUUUUCUAGGAAGGUAAAGGUAAUUAAUAAUUUGAAUAGCUAACAGGUGUGCAGGAGAGUCACAUUCGUUAUGUCGGAGUCAGUGUUCAGUGGGCUUUCUGUCUUUGUAACUAAGGUCAGAGUUUGUGUGGUUCUGGAGUCUCACUACCCUUUGAAGAAGGCAGCUUCUAAUUCAGUCUUUCCCUUCGUGUGCGCAUACUGUGCACAAGUGCUUAAUCUCCAUGGUUAUGUAACGAGUUCAGUACACCCUUGAUAUUUGGGAGUGGUAGCUAAAGAAUAUCCUGAGUAUAGGUUCUCCAUUUACAGAUGUUUUUAGUCAAAUUAAAUGUUUCAAGCAAACUCGUCAUGGUCUUCACAUUAACUUGAAACUAACUUACAAUAACUGGUUUUUACUUCCAGUGCUAAAAGUCCUUUAGGGCUUUUAUAAUUUUCAGAGUUCUCUUUAUCACUGUGAUCUUAUUCUGACGGGAGAGAAAAAACUAUCAUAGCAAUGAGGCAAGACAUUGACUUUAUACUGCUAUCAGUUUCUAAAUGAAAGGGUCAGAAUAACCUUUACAGUAUUUUGGUCAGUAAGAGAUAGUGGCCAUUUACACUGACUGGGCUGCAUUCUGAUAAUGUCUUAUCUCUUAUACAUAGAAUAAAUUUGAAAGACUAUUUGGUCUUAAAGCCAAAGUAAUUUUAGAAUGAAUGACAUAUACAUAGGAAUUUAGUGUCAAUUUCAUGUGUUUAAAAACAUCAUGGGGAAAAUGUGCUUAGAGAUUAAUAUUUUGACUCCAAAUCUGAGUUUUUUCUGUAGUUACCAUGAUUUUAAUUUUGUCAAAGCAAAUGAAUGAGUUUGAGGGGUUUGUUUUUAUAAAUAUGUUAGAUUUCCUGUUUAAUAAUCUCUAGCUCUGUGAUUAUAAGUACCUAUUUUUUUUUUUUUUUUUGGGCCAUUUCUAAGCCUACCAGAUCUGCUUUAUGAAAUCCAGGGGACCAAUGCUAAAACUAUUUUUAUAUAAUUUUAAGAACAUACCAAAAGUUCUUGUCUGAUUUGAAAUUGUGAUACAUAAUUUCUCACUUUCCUAUAAGGUAAAGUAAUCAACUUUUACUGAAGAUAUUCUUUAUUGAAUCAAAGAUUGAGUUGCAGUUAUACUCUUCUUGCCUAAGUGAAUAAAAUGUACUUUUGGGGAGUCAGGGAAUUUUUUUUUUAAGUUGGAGUUUAGUUCUAAAUUGGGUUUACUAUUGCAGCAAAUUCCUUUUUUGGCUAAUGAGUUUGAUAAACCCCAUUUGGCUAAUAUUGGAAACGGAAGUCACUUAAAAGAUGAAAUAGAUCCUGAUUGCUACGGCCAUAACUGCAGAUAAGUUUGACUAGAGUGUUAAUUUUGUCACUCAGAAACACAAGCGUUUGUUUAUGCUGCCUGUCUUCAGACGUUCACCUUCCAAGAUUAAACUUGGCUUAAAAUGUACCUUCAGACCAGUUACCUGUCCACGUCCAUUUUGUCAGUACCCUGGAGGACUGGGGAUGAGGGAGGUACGACCCGGUGGGGCACAGGUGUCCCCGGUCCUUCCUUUAUAACUUCAGCUUAGUUUUCUCAACCGGCCUUCCUGCUGGUCCCUGCUCAGAGACCAUUGCCUUGCCGCCACCAUGCCCUGCCCAUAUCCCCUCAGCAGCCUUUUGACUGAAUAGCUGCUUUUGGUAUCUAAAUGAUUGAUGGAAACGUAGGACGUGCUUCCAUUUCUUCGAGUCAUGGGGUGUUCCUGGGAGGGCUCUCCCAAGUUGGGAGAUUGGGUGGGUGAUGGCCCUGCUGGCUGCCUUGUUGUGACUUCAGUUAUGGCCAGGGAGUGGGAAGGCAGCAAGGUGGCAGUAUGGCAAUAGGAGUUGUGCCAGAAGCAGUGGCCGAUCCUACCCACUGUAGGACAGGGUAAGGUCUGAAGAAGGGAGCCUGUGAUUCUGCUGUAAUGAUAUUGCUCAAGAAGUGCCUCGAGUCAGUGCACAGUGCCAUGGCCAUCAAGAUUUCCAAAUUUCAGUUCUCCUUAUGACAUUUAGUGAUCAGCUCAUGCGUGAGCUACCUUCUGUUCCCCCUCUACAUCGCGAACUGUCCCACUUAGACUGUUUUGUGAAACAAGAUGGCCUAUUGCCAAUUAAAAUGCAGAACAAAAUCAGUAUCCCAGUAGACCUGUCAUAUCAAGAGGUUAUUUUUAUCCUUGCACUGAAAGAGUGAUUAUAAGUCAACUGUUUCUUUUUGUUUCUUGACUGUGACAGUGUUCUGGCUCCAAAUGAUGGAAUUUCCAAACAGUGGUUCUGUUACAGCUUGGCAGGAAAUGCCAAUUCAGAUAUUUUUGAGAUCCUAAAGAAUAGCUCUGGACAUGUAAUCUGUAGCUUCUUGAGUGUGAUUAAGAACGCUGAAAUACCCACGGGCCCCUUCCGGCAGUGCUGGUAUUCUAAGUCAUUCUGAGGAUUGUCAGUACAUUCAAGCUUUUCCACACCAUUAUGCAAUCUUACUUGUAAUUGUAAACUUCUAAGAAUGUGGUUAAUAAUAUUCAACCUGUUUCUUAAAACUUAAAAAGAACUUAAGUGAAUUUGUUUUUAUUUUUUAACAAGAUUUAUGAAUUGAAUAUCGUGAACCGUGUUUUGAUAUCCCUUUUUCACCUUGUGCCAAUGGAAUGGGGUGUUUGAUAUUUCUUUCUAUGUCAAGGAGAUGCUUCAAAAUGUCAAUUGCUUUAAACUUAAAUUACCUCUCAAGAGACCAAGGUACAUUUACCUCAUUGUAUAUAUAAUGUUUAAUAUUUGUCAGAGCAUUCUCCAGGUUUGCAGUUUUAUUUCUAUAAAGUAUGAGUGUUAUGUUGCUAAAUUACUCAAAUGGUACUGUAUUGUUUAUAUUUGUACCCCAAAUAACAUCUUCUAUACUCUCUGUUUUCUGUAUUUUAUUGUAUUCGUGCAAAAUUCUUUUGGCUUUUACCGGUGUAACCUCUGCCCUUUCAGAUGUGUACAGAAAAUGUCCAUGUAAAUUUUCAUUUAAGUUGAAUGAUUUUGAGAAACCUAUAAAGAGGAAAGAAAAACAAAGACGACAGUUCCCCAGAAGUUUUUAAAAAUUGUAUAUUGUAUUUGUAGUAAUAUUCUGAAUGAGCUGUAAAUAGGAAGUAGAAGAGCGAUGCUUAUGUCGGGUCCUAACACUACAGUAGAGAAGUGGAAGCAAUGCAAAUAAAUGACUUUUUUUUCCC